CUUUUUAUUUUUAUCCCUCCUCUCGAUAAUUCCGUCUGCCCUUGCAGCGGCUUUGGUCUCGAUAGCGUCUCUCCGGUCCGUCGUAUCGUAUCAUCCAGUCUCGUCACCGACUUCUUGCGAUUUUAUUCCUCGCACUUUUUCCGUCCCUCCGAGACCCUCGCGUCGUUUAUUCCCGACUACAAACGGCCCGUGGCGAGUAAACCUUGCGCUUUCUUCAACCAACGAAGCGACACCCGUCAUUUACGAAGCUUAACUCAAUUUCUUGUCUUGUAUCUUCUUAGUGCGAGAUUUGAGAUACCCCGAGCCGAAUCGACCCCAUCCCGGUUUUCUCCAUUCGAUCCCGAACAUCAUACAAUAUGUCCUACUACGACAACCCUCAGUCUCAGUGGUCGUCUUCGACCCAGCAGCAGCAGCAGCAGCAGCAGCCCACCCAGACCCAGAACAGCUGGGAGCACCAGGGCUCGACUACUCCUGUCCGCGCAGGCGCCAGUGGUCCCCAGCCUCAGGACGAUUACGCCUUCUCUUACCAAUUUGAUGAGGUCGACCGGGCUUAUGAGAAUUUGCAGAAGUCUGGCAAGGGUUAUGGAAUGGGCGGCCGCCACUCCCGUGGUUCCCACCAUACCCCCGGCUCUCGCCCUCACUCGGUAAACAACUUUGAUGACGCCCGCGGCGGCUCCCAGGGGCCCAACCUUCAAAACUUCUACGCCAACCAGCGUCACCAACCCUCACGAGGCUCCAACGAGGCAGAGCAGGUCAUGCAGGCUAAGAGACGGAUGGCAGCUCAGCGGGAGCGUGAGCUUCGAAACCUGCACACAGAGCAGCAAUAUCAGCGAAGUAGGCCUCCCUCUACUGUCACUUAUGUAAUAUUGUCGACCGUCCUUUCUGAGGCGCCUCUCCCGCCCAGCAAGCACAUGUCCGAAGAGGAGACGCGAGAGUUGAUUGCCCGUCAGCGAAGUGCCCUUUAUGGUGAGGGUCCUUUUGCUGAGAAGGCAGGAUACGUCGAUGAGACUGGAAAUGUCCGCACUGGUGCUCCCAUCCCCAGCGGACCCUCAAGCGUCCGUGGCCACUCCCCCCUUGCCUAUGACAGUGUUGGUCGCGGUCCUCCUACUGGCGAUGCCGGUACUCCUGUCUCUUCUGGUGACGCUCGCGGACCCCCCACCGAACCAAACUCGCGUCCCCACAGCACUGUCAGCCCUCAGGCUGCUGGUCCUGCCAACAAAGUAUUCGACAAUGCCCAGAGCCGCACCAGCACAUCCAGCCCGACUGGUGGUUCUCCUUCUCGGGACAUGACCCCUGGCUCCAAGUCUAACCAGGCUGGUGGCUCGGUGGCUCCCAUUGGAACCCGCCCCUCUGGCACACCCACAAACACGGCUUCAUCCAAGCGAUCGACCACUCCCCUCGCCUCCCCUGGUGGCUGGGGACGCGGAAACGGUGUUUGGGGUCAGUCGUCUGGUCUCGGUGCCCCUGCUAGCGUCUGGGGUUAA